UAUUAUGUUUUGAAGUAAACGAGAAAGAAGCGAUCCAGUCCAGUGCUGCGUGGAAGAAAACUGUUACCACUGAAACCAUUUCGUAAGGAUGAGAAAUUUCAUGCAGUAUCCAACAUGCCAACCAUAUCCGCCAUAUCCGUCACCAUUACAAUAACAACAUUGCUGAUGGUCCAGAGCGGCGGAGGUAGCGAAGCUGAAUCAUCUCUGACUUCCUCUCACAGGUUCGACCCAUAUGAAAGUGUGCCAAAAACGUGGGAUUCUCGUGGGCUUCUUCAGUGGUCUAUUAAAAAUGCAAGCCUGGCUUCGGCAGAGCACGACUUGGAGAUUAUCUCCCAGAAACGAGUCAUAUCAAUCACCGACUUCGAAGCAGCCACUGGAGUAGUGGAUCAUGUUCUGCAGAUGAACUACUCCACACUUUCCACGGCCCGCGAGGAUGUGAGUGUCAUUGUGCGUAAGCUGGACGCUGUGCUGACUCGGGUGCGUCUGGCACCUGGAGAAAGUUGGAAGGGUGUCAAGCAACAGUUGGCCACAUUCGUGCUCAACAUGGAGCAAGAGCCUCCUGUAGCGGUUGCAUUGGAAACAAGAGGGAGAAGUGGAGGCCUGGAAGGCAGCUCUCUGCACGCCAUCAGGUCUGCAUAUGAAAUUGAGUCUCCCAACGUAGACGUUGCCGUGCUUCUGCCUCGUCAGCUCACUACGCAGUUCUCCCAUAUUGCUCUUGCCAUUUUCAGCGAUGACAGUGCCUUCCAGGACCCAGCUCACAAGGCAAACAGCCGCAUAGUAAGCAUCAGUAUGAUCGGAGCCACAGAACUGCAGUAUGGACAAUACGUGGAUAUUGUGUUCAGACCUUGGGAAGAUAAGGGUAACAAAACCUGUGUUUUCUGGGACUUCACUCUCGCUGGAGGAGCCUGGUCUGCUGAGGGCUGUGAGCUAUUAGCCUCAGCUGACACUGUGCACGAUGUAUGUCGCUGUAAGCAUCUGACGCACUUUGCGGAGAUAAUUUCACCACCUGGCAUUGCUGUGGACCCCGCGCAUAGACAAGUUCUGGACAUUAUCUCAGUAGUGGGGUGCUCACUGUCCCUUGUGGGGCUCCUUGGUAUCUUCUUUACAGGCGCAUCAUUUCAGCAGUGGCGUGAAAAUCUUGGAAACAAGAUUCUGCUACAUAUGUCGACUGCUGUGUCAAUCAACAUGCUUACAUUUCUAAUAGUGGCCACAGGGUUGCUGCGCACAUAUGUUCUGUGCAUGAUAUUCGGAGUUAUGUUGCAUUAUUCUAUACUCGCAUCGUUCUGCUGGAUGCUGGUGUCGGCUGGGCUGCAGUUCAUGCGUCUAAUAACAGUUUUGGGGUCUCAGCACAUCUCCCAUCUUCUCCUCAAGGUCUCUCUGUUCGCUUGGGGUGCACCCCUGCUGCCAGUUGCUGUUCUACUGUCUGUGGACUUGGGUAGCUACACACCUGAUGGACGGGGGUUUUGUUACCCUGGCGGCCUUGGUUUUUAUUUGGCUGUACUAACACCUGUACUUAUGAUUGUGACAGCCAAUCUCAUUGUGUUUGGAAUGAUACUACAGCGUAUGUUCGCCGGUCAUACAAUACGACGUCACGUGCAAUCAAAAAGAAAAUUGGCAAUGCGACAAGUGACAACCAGUGUGCUUCUCUUCUUCCUGUUGGGGCUCAGCUGGGUGUUUGGGCUGAUGGCUGGCCUCAGCACACUGUGUGCCUACUUGUUCUGCGUCACUGCAACCCUUCAGGGCUUCGUACUGUUUCUCUUCUUCGUGCUCGGCGAGAAGAAGGCCCGCCACUAUUGGACCCGUGGCAGUGCAAUACGCAGGCCUGCCACCUCUACCGCAAGCACACCAGCUGAAAGGAUGAAUCUGAGAAGGAGGGAAGAGACAACGGGUCCUUGACAAGGGCAGGAGGAAAAUUACAGCCAGAACCCGAGGACAGACUUUGCAUUAUUAUCCAUGACAUUUUCAGAAGAGGUUCUUACAAUACUACCGGUAAUCUCACAAGUGAACCUGUAUGUUGGCAAAUAACGAGUUUUGUUAUGUGGAACUGCGCUUUCUUCCCUUUAUGACAGCAGUGCUGCAGAACAUUCUUAAUGAAUUAAGUGAACCCAUGAAACUGGCUAGGCUAAUUAAAAUGUGUUUAAAAGAAACUUGUAGCCAAGUCUGUCUUGUGCAUUUCCUCUUCGUGAGCCGUCAAGAACAAGGACAUGUUGUGGGUAACUUCAGCUUUCGCGGUUAAGCCACAUUGGCAUCUUUUAGCAUUCAUUGCAGUAGGAGGUGGGAAGUUGGCCAUUAUGUAGGUCAUACGGUGAGUAAGGGUGGGGGAGGGCUACGAUGCUAUUCUCUGAGAGAGGCCCAUAUUGUUACGAAGAAAAGCUGCAGGAUAAUACAUGACACCAGAAUUUGCUCAGUUUGUGUUAACGAUUGUAGUUUAAAAAAAAAAUUUUUUUUUUUUUACAAUCUACUUGACCACUGUAAGUAAUAAGUAAAUGUGAUGGGUGAUGGGUGCUUAUGUCAUGAAGGCGGCAGCUGCCCAGUGGCAGUACUCUACCUUUUAGUUACAUAAGUCUUCUGGCCAGGUUGUCCUCAGUCGU